AUGCACACAGACCACGCCUUCAUCGACGACGUGCCCGGCUACCUGCAGUUCAUGUACCAGGCGCAGGCGAGCGUGCGCACCUCGGUCGUCGACGGCGUGGCCGUCGCGGAGGAACUGCGGACGAGCGACCCCGCGGCCUUCCAGCUGCUCUCGAGCGUGCCGCUGACGCACUCGCUGCGCACCGUGCACUACGACGCCAACGGCGACUACUGCCACCUCGGCUCGCUGCACGACGGCGUCUUCGAGGACUGCCACACGCACCCCAUCCUCGAGCUCGACGACGGCGGGGUCGUGCGCCGCGUCGCGCACUCGGAGAUCAAGCGCGGCGUGUGCGCCAUCCCCUACGACGUGUACCACGACAUCAUGGGCGCCUACACCACGUGGCUGGGCAUGCUCGAGGACCCGCGCUUCGUCGUGCCCGUCGAGUGGCCCGAGCACACGUGCAUCGUGCUCAACAACCACCGCGUGAUGCACACGCGCGCCUCGCCGCCCGCCGACGGGCGCGAGCGCAUCAUGGUGUGGGCCUACGCGCAGAAGCACAUCACCGAGCUGCGCUACCGGCUACUGCGCCAGCAGAUGGUCGAGCGCGGCGGCGUGAGCGACGUGUGGACCACGCGGCUGCCCAACCAGAUCGUCGGCGAGAUCGCGGGGGUGGGCAAGUGA